AUGGGAACUAUGCUCUACCUUUGUUAUCUAGUCCGACCAGAAACUAUUCCUUUGCUGCUGAUCUCCUUCGAAAUGGGUUCAAUCACUAAACGAUUCUCCUCCUCUCCUCAUCUUUAUGCUCUUCUAUGUCAAGCUGUGUUUUUCUAUCAGGGUCAAACUAGCAACAUCUCCUCAAUUGAUAUCGCCAUAGGCUACAAAGGGCUUUCGUCAUAUAGCGCAGCUUUAGUCGGAUUCCAAAUCAUUGCUAAUUUCUACGCUGCGCCGAUUGCCCUCACUAUAGGCUACUUAAAGGAAUCCCAAGCCUUCAAUUCCGAAGACUAUGUCCGCCUUAUUGGAGCUGCUCUCCAACUGCGUUCUGUAAUUCUAUUCUCUGCACUUAGUGGCAUGAUCACUCUGUCCGGACAUUUGUUUAUGUUCAGUGUACUUGCUCCAAAGUUGAUUUGUGAAUUGCUGCAUAUGAUCUUUAUUUUGCUGCUUAUCGUUUGCGGGUGCAUUUCUCACUUCUGCCUCAAGAAACUUUCUCAGCUCAAUUAUUUCAAGAAUCAAAUAAAGGAAUCAUGA